CUGCAGAGAUUUUUUAGUUCCCAGGCUAGGCAGUGGCCGAGCUCAUGGUCCCUGCCCCACGUGACACCAAAGGUGGCUGAAUGGCUCAGCUAGUCCACAGGGCAGAGAGCAGGGCACACACUAGGGCUCAGUGGCCAGCAGCCAUGGGGAACUGAUGCCAAACAGUAGUGGCCAGGAGCAGUUCAGGGAUCUCAGGACACCAGAGGAACCCCUGGAGAUUGAGUCCCCACACACUGCAGGGCUCCAGUCCUAUGGUGUGUUUGGUGCAUUCCAUGCCUUCUGGGAACUGUGUAUCAGGAAUACUGUGAGAGCUGUGCAUUGUCAAGGACACCCAUGAGACGCCCACAGCAGAUGCACUCUGUACUCUGGCUGUCCAGGAAAACAGAUGAAAACAGCCAACAAAAGCACAUGCCUGGCAAGUGUAAGGUCAUGAGUUCAAUUCCUGGUACCUAAAAAAAAGCAAAAAAACUGCUGCACUGCUGGAUAUAGUGGCACAGGCCUGUGAUCCCAGCACUCAGGAUCAUUAUGAGUUUGAGGCCAGCCAAGGCUACCUAAAUGAGUUCAAGGCCAGCCUGGACUACAUGGUAAGAACCUGUAUCAAGGGGCUGGGGAUUUAGCUCAGUGGCAUAAGCGCCUGCCUUGCAAGCAGGCAGUUGUGAGUUCGAUCCCUGAUACCAAUAAAAACAAAAAAGACAAAAAAAAAAAAAAAACUGUAUCAAAAGGAAAAAGAAAAAGUGUGCAGUAUGUCAGGCCAAGGUCCCAUUCAAAAUCAGAUAGCCUCAAGACUUUCUUCUCACCUACUGGGAUGUUAGCCUGAGGAUGGUGAGCUUAGAGUAGAUGCUCUGGCUGAGUAGAGCUGGUGUGGCCUGGGUAGGUACCCGGGAAUGCCACCUCGGGAAGGCUUCCCUACUUCCUUUCACCAUGCACUUCUGCCUUGACUCCUCUCUGCCUGGCCCUGCCACAUUCACCCUUAACUAAAUUUGUCACCCCACCAUCUUUAAUAGAUUUGAUCAAGAGCUAGCAUUUGAAAGACAUAUUAAAUUGAUGAAUUGGUAAGUCCUGUCUGAUAUAAUCUAGAAAGAAGGGAGAAUACAUUUAAAAUUAGCAGGAUGCAGCCGGAGAUUAAGUUCAGUGGCACAAGUGCCUUCCUGGCAAGUGCAAAGUCAUGAGUUCAAUCCCCACUACCCCCACAAAAAAAUGAUUUUAAAAUUAGCAGGAUGGGAGAAACAUGGAUAAAAGUAAAAGAAUUUACCAGAGCACUUUGCAAGAUCACUAAGUGUGAGUAAAACAUUUAAUUUGCUAGGAAAAUGUAAAUUAACAAAACUGACCCCAGAAUACAGAGAAAAAUCUAAACAGAUCAACAGAAACACAGAAGAAAAUACAUAUCAAAUAUAUUUCAAAAAUGAAUAAGGCCCAGAUUUUUUUGUAGGUUAACUCUUUCAGAUCCUCAUUGGAUGUAAUUCUGAUACCACUCAAACUUUUUCAAGAAUAUAAAAGAGGGGGCUGGAGAUUUAGCUCAGUGGCACAAGCACCUGCCUCGCAAGCAGGCGGUCGUGAGUUCAAUCCCUGGUACUGAUAAAAACAACAAAAAAAUAUAAAAGGGCCAGGGAUUUAGCUCAGCAGCAUGAACACCUGCUUGGUAAGCAUGAGGUUGUGAAUUCAAUCCCUGGUACCAAAAAAAAAAAAAUAUAUAUAUAUAUAAGAAUAAAGAAGAAACAAGUUGUGUCAGUUUUUCUCAUUGCCGAGACAAAAUACCUAACACUCCAAGUUACAGGAGGAAACGUUUACUUAGCUCACAGUUUGUAGAGCUUUCAGUCCAUAGUCUGCUGCCUCAAAGGGAGGAUGGCAUGGCAGCCAGGUAUUGCAGAGGAGAAGCAGUUCAUGGAAGACAGGAAAUGUAGAAGACCACCUGGGUAGCUCUCUUUGAAUAAAGAGCAAUUACCUCCACUUUAGCUAAACUUGGCCCUGUCUCCAUGUACAGAUUUAUACAGAGCAGGCUAAACUACUUCCUUUUCCCUUCAAUUGGCUCUAAGCAAUGUAAAUAGGGGUAGCUGAAGUAUUAAUGUGUGAUCUUUGAAGCCAAGCAACAGUUGCCCUUUGCCUCAGUGUCUCCCUCUAAAUGGUUGAGCCCAGCAGGAUGGCACAACCAAUAUUCUAGAGCUGUCAAUUGGGUUUGAUCCUCGAGAUAAGAGGCUAUGACUUCUCAGGGCAGAAAAGGUUUGCACAUCAGAACAUGCACCAGCCUUCUAAACACUAAAUGCUCUCUCAGUUGUGUUAUGCAGGUUGGUCUUUGUGCACAUCCUUCUCUGUAUAUUGCAGAGGUGUUUUCUGGCUUCCUAGCUAGCUCAGCUCAGCUCUCAUUACGUAAUUCCCACCACUCCUCCUCUAGCCAAUCCCUUCCCAAAUUAACAAAAUCUGGGUUAGGCUCUGGGUCAAGGCCUUUGUUCUAUGGACCCUCUCUGAACUGGACUCAGGACCCAUUGGCUACCCUUAACUAUUAAUAUGUCUUAAGUGUCUAUUCUCACCAUGGGUUGCACUAGAGGUGAUAGAUUGAAAUUAACUUGCCAGAAUUCCAAAAACAUUUCCAUGGGAUUACAAAUAUAAGCUUCCUAGACUGCACCAAGGAUGGGGAAAGGGCCUCUGUAAGGAGAGAGCAAAAGCAAGCAAGGGACAAGGCAUGCCUCUCUCUGUCCCUUACUUUGUAUCUAGGCUACUGGGAUUAAGGCAGUGCCAGACCAACCUGUGGACUGAUUUAGUAAUCACACACCCUCAUCCUAGUACCCUUCAUCCCAGCAUUCCACCAUGAAUGAGUCACACAUUCUAGAUGCAGUCACUUCUGGAAUGAGGCUUUGGAGGAACCUCUAAACCCAUGAUGUAACACUUAUUUUUUUUGUACCAGAGCUUGAACUCCACCUCAUGCUUGCCAGGCAGUUGUUUAUGCCACUGAGCUAAAUCCUUGGCUUGCAUGACACACUUCUGAACUAAUUUCAGUGUAACACAGAUGUGAAAACCUGAUAGAAUUCAGGAAAAAAAAUAAUAUAUGAGCUCCAUAGUAGGGCACUUGCUUGGUGUCCUUAAGGCCCUAGGUUGGAUCCCCAGCAUGGGGGGAAAUUAAUACGCUAACAGAAAAUGUUCAUUGAUUUGGGGGGUUUUGUUGUUGGUACUGGGGAGUAAACCCAGGGUCUUCACACUGAGCUAUGUCCCCAGUGUUUCUUACUUUGAGACAAGGUCCCAGCAAGUUGAUAAACUGCCCAGGCUGAGUUCAAACUGCAGUGCUGCUUCUGCCCCCAAAGUAGCUGAGAUUUCUGGCAUGUAUGUCCAUACCUGACUUCAUCGUUAUUUAUUUUUAAUGGAAAAAAAGUAAAACAAAAUUCGUAACAAAAUAAGAAUACAACAAUAGUUUCUCAGGGUACAUGACAAGGACAUAAAAAUUUUUCCAAUUGAUAUUAGCACAAACCUUUUUUAAUGAUCUAAGAGACACUAAUAGUAUAACUCACGUAUUUUUCCCAUUGUCCUUUCCCCUUUCACACAUCCUAGUUCUUUUUCCUUUUGAACAAUUCCUUCCAUUUCACAAUACCUAUUGUACAUUUUAGAUCGUAUUUACUCGCAGUUUCUCACACAAAAGGGAAUAUGAUGUUUACACAUAUGAGUCUGAUUUAUUUCACUUAUGAAUGUGGUUUCAAGUUGCAUCCAUUUAUAAUAAAAGUCUCAAGUUUAUCCUUGUUUAUAGCUGAGUGGUACUCCAUUGUAUAAAAAUACCACAUCCUUUUUAAUCCAUUCCUCACCUGAUAGGCAUUUAAAUUAUUUCCAAGAUUUAGCUAUUACAAAUUGUGCUGCUGUAAAUAUAGAUGCACAUAUAUCACUGUGGUGUGAUGUUUUUAAUUCCUCUGGGAAGAUACCCUGAAGGGGAAUGAAUAUAGCUGGUUUGAAUGGGACCUCUAAUCCUAGUUUUUUGAAGAAUCUUUACACUGAUUUCCACAGUGGUUGUAUCAGUCUACAUUUCCCACCAACAGUGGAGAUGAGUUCCUUUUCCCCCACAACUCCUACAGCAUUUGUUAUUGCUUGAUUUCUUGAUAGUAGCCAUUGUUUCCGGGGUGAGAUGGAAUCUCAGUGUUUUAAUUUGCAUGUCUCGAAUGACCAGUGAUUCUCAACAUUUUUUUCAUAUAUUUAUUUGCCAUUUAUAUUUCUUCAUCUUGAGAAGUAUGUAUUCAUCUCAGAUGCCCAUUUUGGAUUGGGUAUUUGGCUUUGGGAGAUCUGAUAUUUUUCAAUUCUUUAUAUGUUCUAGAUAAAAGUCUUUUGUCUGUGGGGCAACUGGCUAUCAUUUUUUCCCACUGUUUCUUUUCACUCUGUGUACCCUAAGCCUUCAACACUUUCGGUCCUGUUUACAUUGGCCUUUACUUCAAAGUGUUCAUUUUUAUAACUUGAAUGUAAGACUUGCUCUCAGACUCAAGAGUAUUCUAAGUGGACAACAAUAGAGCUAUCUUUUCAGACCAAGCCAUGGCUGAGCUAUGAGAGUUAGGGUGUUGCCCUGGUUCCCAGGGGAGAGACUACUUAAAUGCCCAGAAUGGCUCCUUAGAUGGAGAACAACCCUGGAGUAUGAAGCCCAUCUCAUUAGAGUACUGAACAUGUAGAACUUUUCAGCUUUUCAUAAUGAAAAUUUUAAUUAGCAUAUUCAAUGGGUAAACACAAUUCUCACCCAUGACUUGCUUCUACAUACUCCUCAAACAGCGCUCAGCUACCACCCUCCAAAGCAGAGCUGACACAACAGAAUUGUAGGAAAAUGUUCAAAAACCCUGAAAGCUUAUAGGAGUCAUCCUUUCUGUGUGUGCCAAGGGCCCGUAGUCUGAAACAGUAGGGAUCCAGAAAACAUUGUUGCACAUCCUCUCAACAGCUCUAUCCAGACACAUACUUUAGCAGCUGAAAAGUUCCUGAAGUUAAUUCUUCAGAUCUGGGACUAGAGAGGCAGUGCAGUUUUAUCCCAGAGCAGGAAUGGGCCCAGUUCCCAGCCUUGCCACCUUAUGUGUGAUCUCUAGCUUCCAUUUCCUGACCUAAGUGAUGUGGAGGGAAAAGUGGGAUGAUAGGAACUACCCCACAGUCACCCACUAAAACAUUUAAAAGUGCAUGAAACCAGCUAGUACUUGGCACACAAUAAACUUCCAAUAUGAGGCGUCUAAAAAGAGAAAAUCUACCACACCUCAUAGGGUGGCUGAGGUCUUUUGCCAUUCUGUCUUGCUCUGUGAACAGGUCCUUAUUCAGAGCUCAGGACUCCACCACAUCUCACUUCCAUAGUACAGUUUUCUGACCUUGAUGGAGGACCACUUGCUGUGGAGCUGAAGCUCAAAUAUUUUCCUCAAAAGUGUGAGGGAUUUUCUGAAAAAACUGCUGAGCUCUCUGUUCCUCAGAGGGCCUAGCAACAGAAAACAAAGAAAAAUAUGAGCAACUUUAAUUGGACAUAUGGAAGAUCCUUUUUAAUUACGGAGAGCUAUAGCCAUAGAGAAGUUUCUGAGGGGAAACUGAAAUCUCUUUCCAUGGAAAUUUUCAAGAAGGGGAAAUCAGUUAUCUUUUCUGAGCAUACACCAUGUGCCAGAUAAUCUUUACAACAACCCAGUGACAUUGUAAUCCUCCCCAUCCCCACUUAACAGAUGACAAAAUUAGAUUGAAGUGAUUGAGUUGCCCAUGAUCGUUCACAUAUUCUGUCAAACUCUGGUCUGAACCCUGGUCUGUUAGACUCUAAAGUUCAGACUGAUCAGAUGUUAUACUCUACUGGCAGAUGAGAGCUUAGUUACUUUUUUCUCAGGGCUGAGACAAAAUACCUGACACCCAAAGUGAAAGGAGGAAAGGUUUAUUUCAGCUCACAGUUUAUAUAAAGUUUCAGUUCACAGUUCCAAGGCAAGAUGUGCAUUACAAAGAAGAAACAGUUCAUGGCAGGCAAAAGACAGCAAAAGCAAGCAAGCAACAAGCCUCUUUCUGUCUCAUCUUAUUCAGGCUUCCUACCCUUAGCUUGGGUAGCACUCACCCCCUUAAUUCUAAUGCCCUCAAUCCUACUGUCACACCAUGAACCAAUUCAGUGUUGUACAUCCUAGGUCAAGCCACCUCUGAAAAGCCCCACCUAUCAUCCCGCGAGGCACUAGGGACAUCUAGACACAAGCCAUAACAGAUGAUGUUGCUGUCUUCAUCCUGCCCAAGCCCUCCUUAGAUAAGGAACUCAAGGAGAACUACAUCUCUACAACCUCCUUAGAUUGCCUUAAUUUCCUCCUUGUAUCUUCUCCAGUUUCCUCAUGGUUUUCUUAAAAUGUGGAGCCAAAGGUGAUCUGAUAUUCCAUACAGUCUCAUCGAGGGCAAGUGACUAGAGGCCCCACAACGCCACCAGCUGUUGUCCAGAGCCUUUGAGGAAUGAACUAAUGCAGCCUGGUUGAACUGCCAUAAAAGCUGGAUAUCUGUUCAUUGUCAGCGUAGACAAUGUAUCGAGAUCCUAUCUCAAAAACAAAAAAUUGAAGAAGGCCACAAGACACCAUAUUUUGCCAUAGGGCCAGGGGAAAUGUGUAAAAGUACCCCAAACGAAAGAGUAGAUCUAGAACCUCCUGAGUGUGAACAGUAAGCAUCCCAUGAGAGGAUCGCUUCUACAGUGUCAAAGGAAGAUCAAGCCAGCUCUUGUAAAGCGACAGGCCUUUGAUCAGCUCCAAGAAACUCAGAUCCCCUGGUUACAUACAUAUUUUAAGUGACAGCAUCCUUCUUUCAGGAUGGUUCUGGGAAUCCAGAGUGUGAUUCAAAGGCCCAGCCUUUUUCUUGUGGCUGUUCUCCAGGGUGUGGGUCAGGGUCUGGGACAGCACGUGGACAUCUGGUGAACUCCACGGAGCUUCACAAUGAAAAAGCUCUCUUACCACAAAAAUCAUCCAGUUAUUCUGAUGCUCGACUAACUAGUAGUACACAUACUAAGCAACCACACAGUUAAUCAGAUGAUGGGAGACCAAAUUGACUUGGAAGUUUUUGAAAAAGACCUAUCAAAAUAGGACUCAAAUUGUGUUCUCUUCUCCUUUCUAGUCUCUUUCUUUCAAACCCUGUGGGAUGAAGGACAUGUCCCAUUUCUCAGAGGGCAGGUGGCUACUACUAGGUGCUAAUAGAGAGGCCUGGCCCAACAGGAAAUGUGCUGGUCCAAUCAGACUAAAUGUACCCAGAUGGGACUCAAACUUGAAAACUUUCUGCCUCAGCCCUACAAAGUGCUGGGAUUACAGGCAUGUGCCAUGGCACUCAACUUUUCUGUGUACGUUUUGAGGGUAGAUAUCAUGAGUGCUGGUGCCAAGAGGAAUGACUUGGCACUUCAGAGUAUAGAGGGACUUAGAAAUGUGUUGCCAUUAAGCUGCAGGAGUCACUUGAGAUCUUAUCACAAGAGCCGUGUUGGCAGCUACAGAGUACAGGUCCUGUUUCAUUCAGAAACAGUUUGGAGGGCUCUGCAGAGGCUUAAAGCUCUGUUCCCCACCCAGAGUAUCUAACAGGCACACUGCCACUUCUUUUCAGUCUUUCUUUCCAGACAGUGUGGCUUGGUUUCAGGGGUAUUGGAUUAGCAUAAGUGGUGAUUUCUAACAUAAAAGUUCAUAGAAAAAUAGAAUUUCUUACUUCUCUUUCUUGUUCUUUAACAAAAGGCUGAGGAUAAAAGUCCUCCACCAGGGAGAGAAAGUCUAAUACUUCAGGCUUUCAGACUCUCAGCAGGGCAGCCUCGGAGAGUGCUGGCUUCACAUAUAGCCUGAUGACCUGAUGAGAUCCAUCGGCUCUGGGGCUGUAUUUUGUCAGGGUUUCCUUCUCUGGAUCAGUGAUGGAGCCUGUCUUACAGACCCACCCUCAGUCUCUAAGUUACAACCGCUCACUUCUUGAACUCUGUGCCCCCUCAACACCACAGGAGAGUGCUGGUCCAGCUCUCAGUCCCUACCCGAUGCAGAGGGGCUGAUUCUGCAUCAAAGCCAGUGAGAAUACAACUUUCCUCACCCACUGUGAUGAAGUCACUGUCUUCUUUUUUAGGGUUGUCAACUUUAUGUACCAUAGUCUCAUGUCAUCUGCCAAUAUACCCAAGAAAAGUACAGAUUAUACUUCUAUGUUAUAAAAACUAUUACCCAGCAUUAUCAAGAUACUGAGUUCUGGUCAAGAUGCUUUUGCCAAUGGGAAUCUCCUCAGCAUUCUGUACUGGGGAUUAACCUUUGCACUGAGCUAUAUCUCCAGCCCUUUUUCAUUUUUCAUUUUGAGACAGGGUCUCACUAAUUCACCAAGUUGUCUAGGCUAGGUUCAAAUUUGCCACACUCCUGCCUCAGCCUCCCAGAGUGCUCAGACUAUAAUGCGUGCACUACAUGCCCAAUUUAGAAGGCAAUUUUAAAAAAGAACAUAAUGAACAUUUUAACCUAAGACUCUACAUAAGUGACAAUUCCAAUACUGCAGGCAAUGUCUUCAGAUGUUUAAGUAAUAGUAUCCACUUUAGAAUGUUUCCUUCAUGUAAGAUUAAUGAGAAACAAUUUUGGUGAUUUCUGAUCAGGCUCUGUCUGCCAUGUGUUUGGAGAACUCUUAGGCAUAGAUGAAGCCAAAAAAAAGUUGCAAUUAAUUGAAUACCAGGUAAUGUUUAUUGUUUGUAAAUCCCUGUUUCAAAUAACACAUUGUAUGAAAUAAACUAUAAAUGUCACAAAAUUUUCCAAAAUCCAGUGACUUUUAAAAAUAACAUUUGGGGCUGGGGAUUUAGCUCAGUAGCAUAAGCACCUACCUGGCAAGCAUGAGGUCAUGAGUUCAAUCCUCCAGUACCAAAAUUUUAAUAAAAGUAAGCAUUUAACCCAGGCACAGUGGCAUACUUGAAGCAGCACGUUCUCUAUGAGUCAGAGAGCAGCCUGGACUACACAGUGAGUUCAGGGUCAUCUGGAGCUGCACAGUAAAACUCUGUCUCAAAACAAACAAACUAACAACAACAAAAGCAUACGAUAUAAAUGCAUAUUUUUUCUAGAUACAAUUAUACACAAUUUUGUAUGUCUCAAAGAAUCAUUUGGGAGCCUUAUGGAAAAUAAUAAAGUAGAAAACCUGUUUCUCACUUUAGUCAGAGGACACUAUUUGAGUUAGUAGGAUAUUUAGUCUCAGAGAAAAAGCUAAGGAGUAAGAAUGACGUUCACGGAAAGCACAAUGUUUAUUUCACAUAGCCAGGCUUGACUGCAACUUUAGCUCAGCCACUGGGGAGAACAUGUUUCUCUGCCUGUCCAGAUGAGUCAAUAGGUCUGUGUCUAGGGUAAAAAGAAGAUGAUCAAGGAGGCCUUGGGCACUCACAUCAGACUGCCACAUGUCUAACUACUUCCUGACUGUGAUCUCUGGGCGACUUGCUCACCCUGCCUUAAACCGGGGAUAAGGAGAAUCUGUUGUGAUAAUCAAAUGACAUACCAACACCUCAGUACGGUACGUGACAUGAAAUAAGUGCGCGAUACAUGUGAAGUACAGUAAAACGGUACAAGGCAAACUGUAGCUGCAAGGGACAGUGCUCUCUUAGCAAGACAGCAUGUCUGCAUGAUCAGAGAGCAAAAUGUGCUGUCCAGUGAUCUAAUGAGGAGAUAAAAUUAUGACAGUAAAAGAUUAGCUGAGCCUAGUCUACAUUUGAUUUAUAAUUGUUGCAUCAUUAUUGUUUGCACCCAAAUUCUCAAUAAUCUAGACCAUAGCUAAUGCUUAAAAGCUUACACUGUGCUCCUUAGUUGUAAGAGUCCUCAUUCAUACCUUCAAAUAUCUCAGUUUACACAAAAAUCAAGUGCUAAGCUUCCUGCAAAGCUGCAAACCACCCUGCCUGCAUCAGGCCUGCCUGCUGUAGACAGACAUCUUGUUCAUUCUGCAAAAUCCUGCUGGGCCUUAUGUCCAACCCUCAUUCCACUACUCCACAUCCCCAUUCCAGUGUUACCCACCAGGUGACAAAGCGGUAGACAUUACUACUUUCUCAGGCAAGUCACAUUCCAUGGUGGCUCCUUGUCCACCAGCCUCAACAGGAAGAACCCCCAUGCUCACCACCCUGCCCAAGCUUGUAGGAAGUUUAUUAUCUGUGCACUCUGGGAGGUGGGGAGUAGUAUGGAUUGAACCCGUGCCUUCGCAAUGAGCUGCAUCCCGAGCCCUUUGUUUAUCUUUUAUUUUGAGGAGGAAUCUAAAUUGCCCAGAGUGGGACUUGUUCAAAAUAAAUAUGUGGGCCAUAUCAUGAUUCUGUUGCCGCAGACUUUUGUCCCUACCCACACAUUAGCACCACUAUCAUUCCGUCAGCAAGCCUGGUCUCUGCUCACUCGGAGGAGAACCCCCACCCACUGAUCUUGACCCUUUAUUUCCGUGAAUAAAGAAGCAGGCUGAGCUAGCAGUUAACCCAGUACUGAAAUCUACAACAAAGGACACAAAGAAUCUGGAGAUGUUAGAGACUUAAUUGUGGCCAUGUCUUAGUAAAAAAAAUCAACAGCAUAACCAUUCACUUUAGUAAAUCAGACCUGCUUCUCAGAUGAGUUCAUGCAUCCUUGGGAUAUAUGAACUUGGCAGAAAUGUAACCAAACUUCCCAUGCAUUGGUUACAGAUUUAGGAGUGGAAUUAAAUCAAUAAAAUGUUAAUCUUGGGGCUGGGGAUUUAGCUCAGCGGCAUAAGCACCUGCCUUGCAAGCAGACAGUUGUGAGUUCAGUCCCCAGUACCAAUAAAAAGAUUUUUUAAAAUGUUAAUCUAAAAUUUUACCUGCCUCAAAUUAGUUUUGCAUUAAGACAAAUGUGUUAUGAAAUACAAUGUAGAAUUUACAUUAACAAAAUAUAAGACUUCAAAAAAAAUCAUUAUUACUAAGGACCACUGUGGGGUAGCCUCUAAACCACUAGGUUUUUUCAUGUUCACUUUUUGUCUUAGUUACUUUUCUCAUUGCUGAGACAAAAUACCCAAUACCCAAAGUUAAAGGAAAAAAGGUUUAUUUGGCUCAUGGUUUGUAGAGGUUUUAGUCCACAGUUGGCUGGCUCCAAGGCAGGGUGGCAUGGCAGGAGGGCAUCACAAAGCAGUGAAGAACCAAAGCAGCGAGUGACAAGUGGCAAGCAACAGAUCUCUUUUGUUCCUUAUAUUCUAUCCAGGCUACUCACACUUAGGGUAGGGCGGCUUUAAUCCUAGUACUGAACUAUGAAUCAAUCCCAGCAUCAUAUCCUUGAUCGCAAUAUCACAGAUCCACUCAUCUCUACAAAGCUCUACCUAUGACUGUAUGAGGCUUUGAGGGGACAUCCAGAUACAAACCAUAACACUUUCCUAUACCCUAAAAAAAUUGAAUAAAUUCAUAUCUCUGGAAAAGGUAAGAAUUAUGCCUCUGAGGCACCUCCUAAUUUUAAAGUGUUUAAAAUGCACCCCAUCCUUAGAUGAGUAGUUGACAAAUUUAUUUUAUAAAGUUACUUUUUUUUUUUUUUGGUAUCAGGGAUUGAACUCAUGAUCUUGUGCUUGCCAGACAGGUGCUUAUGCCACUGAGCAAAAUCCACAGCCCUAAAAUUAUAUUUUCAUCUAAAGUUGACAAUUUUCAACUCUGUAUUACAGGGCCUUACCAACAGUUUCAUUUCAGCUACAUUUCCUUUAGUAGUUGUUGCCCAGGCAACGAGAGAAUCUAUUCUAUGUUGGAGCAGUUAAGUAGAGACAUCUGUGACCUCACUUCAGAUUAGUAUUGUAAGAUAAGAAAGGGAGAGACCAGCAGACCAUUAUUGUCAUUAACAAUGGGAAAUCCCCACUGCCAUCCUUUCUCUUUUUGCAAUGACUUCUUCAGAUGAUGCGAAGUUAUAUAAACUCUUAAGUUUGUAAAAAUCAUAAUUGUAGUUCUCUAAAUAGAAACAAAAAAUGAAAGUCUGCAGAACUCCUAAGACUCAUGCACACUAUUUUUGGAAUAUUGAACAAAGUAUUUUUGCCUACCAACAGGACUGACUUUUCUGGAGUAGAGAAUUUUAUUUUAAAAACAGAAGAAAAGAGGCAUUGUAGAGUUUUGUUUUGUUUUUUAAAGUGCAUUAGCAAAAGGAAGUAAGUCAGACUAUUCAGGAAGGAGGAAGCGUGCUUUAGUUGAAGCACCCAGUAGGCUUGCUCUGACUUACCUUUUACAACUCUCAUUUUUAUAGAUACAGGAACUGAGGUUAAAUACCUUUUCCUGGGUGCAAGGAUGGAACAAACUGGGAUUCAAACCCACAUCGUAUGGAAGACCACCACGAACUGUAGAUUAAAUACUUGGAAGAUGGGGGUGGGAUAAAACCUUUGGUUUAAAAUUCCACGAGACAGAAAUUAAUCCAGAAAAAUAAAGAUUUUAAAUUCUUUGAAUUCAUUCCGUAAUGAGUAAACACUUGUUUCUCCCACUGGGUUGUGCCAAGCUUGAGCUCAGUGUUGGGGAGCGUCCCUUCUUUCUGUGGGGUGGGCUCACACUAGCUGGUGCAAGGCCUUUCCUGGGAAAAGUUUUUUAAGCAAAUAGGGAUUAAGUGGGCACAGAGAAAAACAUGCAAGCCUGAAACGUCAGGUGCUGUCGCCCCUGGUUCCCAUCUGCUGACUCAGCUGCCAGGACUUUCUGCUCCCAGGUUGCCGUCAGUUCAAGCUGGAUUACAGCAGCCACCCCAACCCCUCAGGCCCACUGCAGGGCCAGUUCAUUUCCACUCAUCAUCUGGUGGCUGCAAGUGAGUUUUCUGACUCUAAAACCUUUCCUCUCCUCUUCCUUUUUUGUUUGGGUUUGUUUUGCAGUUCGUUUGCGCGCUGGGAAUGGAACCCAGGCUCUUGCUUAUGCCGCAAUUGAGCAACUGAUUACCGCGUCAGCCCUCCUCCCUUCUUUUGAUAGUGACAGACCCAGCCCGACCACCCACAACCACAACUCUGUCCCCUCCCAACCACUCCAGAGGCCUCCGGCUCAUGGGAUCCUUCAGAGCUGCAGUCCAGAGUCUGGAGUUCUCCUCCUCCCUAAAUGGACCCCUCGGGCAGACUUCCCUCCCCCUUUCAAGCCCAGCCUGAGAUCCCCUCAACUAAGAAGCCUUCUUAGGAUCCCACCUGGGGACCUAAAAGGGCCGCAACUUUCAGAGGUCUUUUCCUGAUGCUUGAAGGCCCUGGCAAGCCAGCAAAAUCCUUUCCUACAAAGGAAAAUUGGGCUGAGAGGGCAGGGGACUUCGGGAAGGUGCCAGGGGCCUCCUCCCCAGCUCCUGCCUGGCCUGGGGUGGGGACAGGGAAGGUCGCUACUCAGCAGCUGAGUGUGUGGUCUCUUGUCUCUCGGUGCUUCCUAGGAUGAGGACAAACAAGAAAGGAGCCCUGGGAAUGGAAACAGCAUCUCCCGCCACGACAACGCGCCGGGGUCCCGAAGCCACCCUGACACCCAUACAGAUAGAUACCCAAGUCCCUAUACUCACUGUCCAGAGCCACGCCUGAGCUGGCGUGCUCUUACUCCAAAAUAGUGUGGCCAUUAAAUCAGGGCUGUGGAGGAGGGAACAUUUCUGGUUGCCCGGGUUCUCUUCUGUGAGCAUGCAUUAUCCUAACCUGUGCACUGCCCUGUGUAACCUCAGUGAACUGCCGAUCUGACCCAGCCAUAGGAGCCGCAGUUAAAGGCCUAGGACUACCUUGUUAGGCGGAAGAACUAGGAGGGGAUCCGCGCACUUAAGCCGGACAGAAAGCAGGUAUGCCCCGCGAUGAGUAGAAACAACCACUCCGGCGCCACGCGGUGAUGCUUGCGCGUGCUGAGAGCGCACAGGCGUUGGCAUUGGCCACCCCGACAGUUAGCUGGAGCUCGAUCUCUGAACAGGUCGAUAGACAUCAGGCUCACUCGUAUGCCAGGCCUGUGCAGGGACCGUGGGAAGCUGAGGAAUCAGGCCACCAAUGGCACCAGCUGCCAGAGACGAGAGUGAAUCCUCGGAAGAACUAAGUCCCGGGAAGGGAUGUGCCCACUAUUUGUUGGAACUCAAAGAGGGCAAUAGAAAGUUCUGGGUCAACGGGCAUGGCGUGGUCAAAUUCCUGACUUUGGGCUUACUGAUUGCAGCGCUGAACCUGUUCAAUUCAACCCCCAAAGUGCACCCCAUUUUGAUCAUCAUCAUCUACAUGGACCUAGCCAUCACCGCCUUCUUCUUUCUGAUCUACACCUUUGUCCUCAAUAGAUACCUGCGCUUCAUCCUGUGGCCUGUUGCUGACCUUCUCAAUGACCUGGCUGCUUGCGUGUUCCUUGGAGGUGGCGCAUUCUUUGCUUCGAGGAAAGUAGAAAAGCCAUUUAACUACUUUGUCGCUAUGAUCCUUAUGGCUGUGGCUGCAUUUCUUUGUUUCAUUGAUGUAUGUCUUCAAAGAAGACACUUCAAAGGCAAGAAGCCCAAAAAGAAUGUACCAGGAGCCCCGGGAGCCCCGGGAGCGGGAGCCCCGGGAGCGGCAGCCAAGUAACCACCAGCAGGAAAGAAGUAACUCAAAUGCAACCGCUGUUGUCAGAAAUGGCAGUGUAUUUUACAAUAAAACAUCUUCACUGUC